CAUAGCAACGCAACUGUUGACCAAAGCAGUGAAUGCCGUAGUUGAAUUUCUAGUUGAAAUGUCAUUGUGCAGGAAGUAUAAUGACAUCUAUAAAGACAGGAUCCUUCAGCUCUCCCGGCCAAAGGAUUACAAAACACUCCCUGUUACAGCUCCCUGCAGGUAUCUAAGGUGGGGUGAUCAGGAACCAAUAAGACCGCUGUCCCACUCGGCUCUGACUGCAGUGCCUACAGAGAGAGUCUGCUAUCUGGCUACACCAAAAAAAGACCUUUCUGCAUGUGAAGAACAGUGGAGGCAACGAAAGCAGAGCUUCUCCCCCAGGAAAGACUUAAAACCCCCGACCAGGGCGGCCCGGUAUGAGCACCUUGCCCGGCUGUCGGCCCCCAGAACCAGGCCCCAGGACUUCCAGGAAGACGGGGUAUCAUGGUGCCAGUGGGACUGGGCCAGAUUUCAGAGCACUGGAGCUGCUGAGCUCUCACUGCGCCUCCUGCAGCUGGCUAAGCCCAAAGUAAUGCACCUGGACUUCAAGGGCGACAGGGAGUCGGCGGAGACCUACAUCUCAUGCACUGCAAGAAGAGCGCAGACCAGCCCAAGGCUGGAGCAGUUAGCGCUGCCCAAGAUGAGGAAGACCAACAUGUUCUUUGAGCUGGGACGACCGGAGGAGACCAUCAGACCAAUUUCAGAAAGUGCCAUAAGAGCCAAGGCUACACCCCGGAUUAAAAGCCUCGCUGCACCAAAAGACGUCGGGAGAGACUGCAUGCCGAUGCAAGAUCCAGUUUGGGAUUUUCUGCAUGGAAAGUAAAGGCUUGUGGUAAUAUAGGGAAGCAUGGAGAGGUAUGAAAGCAACCAAAACCCAGACUCAAUCUAGAACAAGGUUCCCCGAUCCAGUC